AUGGAGUCUUGGUCGCUAAUCCUGAACGCUAUCAUGACAUUAGAACAGGAUUUAACUCAGAAGGCAUCUACCAGAAAUGAAGCAAAAGCCCUGUGUUUACGUCUAGAACGACUUGAAACAGCAUUCAUGGCUACGUUUUGGAGCUUCUUGUUAGAUCGUUUAAAUGCAACAAAUAAGUUACUGCAGAAAGUCAAUAUUGACUUAAAUAAAGCUCUUAAUAAAUCUAGUGUCAAAACUUAUGAGUUUGAUAUUCAAAGAAAAAGAAAGAGGAUACUUCACCAUGACGAGGAACCUGAUGAAAUAUUAGAUGUAACUGGUAGCGACCACUUUAAAAGAAAUACAUUUCUGGUUAUUAUUGACCAAUUACGUUGUGAAUUAAUUAAAAGACAAAUUGCGCAUGCACAAUUCGAUCAACAAUUUGCUGCAAUAUCGAAAAUAAAUCAGCUCACCACCGUCCAAUUGGAAGAAGAGGGAAAGAUUCUACUUAGUCGAUAUUCAAAUGAUUUAGAGGACUCGUUAUUGGGUAAACUGCUACAUUUUAAAAGACAUAUUGAUGUAGAUAAAGAUAAUCUAAUUCCGAAGACACCACUUCAGCUUUGCAAAUGGAUGUAUGAAAAAAAUUUGCGGGAUCUUUAUCCUAAUAUUGACGUAGCAUUACGGAUGUAUGUGUGCAUUCCCAUAGCAAACUGCACAGCCGAACGUUCAUUCUCUUUCUUGCGACGUAUAAAAAAUUAUCUUCGAUCAACUAUGUUAGAAGACCGACUCAAUGCUCUAGCUGUUCUCUGUAUAGAAUUAGAUAUUCUAAAUAGUUUAGACUUUAACGACAUUAUAAAUGAUUUUGCGAAAGAAAAAUCCAGACGCAAAGUCGUCUAA